AUGAAUAUUCUGAGAUCCAAUCGAGAAGAAAAUCGUGUGUACCGUGUGAUUCGCGGCGGCCAAAAACCGGUCAUCACUCAUCCUUUCUCCGAGAACUGCUCCUCCAGAAACCGUCCCCGAACCGGCCCCACACCUCAUUGUCCCACUCAACGGCGUCGUUUGACCCCUUUCCAUCCUUCUCUUCCUCCUCGUCCUCAUCCUCCUCUCCAUCGCCGCCGCAUGGCUCCUCCUCUUCUUCUUCCGCCAGAUGCCCCUCGGGAGGUGGUACACGGCGAGGAUCAGGAGGUGCGCCGCGGCGCACGGGCAGCAGCAGCACACCGCCGCGCACUCCCCCGCCGUCUCCCCCACCCUGCUCCUCCGUCGGCGACCGUUUCCGGCGUCCUUCUCCGCCGGGAGGAGCCGCUGGCGCCGGGCAGCGGAGCCCGACGGCGACUCUACGGCGAUCUCUCUGGACAUUGGCGGGUGCGGAAGGCGGCGCGGGUGGAGGGGAUUUUGGGUGGCGGCGAGCAGCUU